GUAUCAAAUGAAAAAAUAAAAACAUAAUAAACUGACAUAAACAAACAAUCGAUAUGAAUUAAAUUUGCAGUUGAAUUCCAGACGUUUGGGGGAGCAUGAGUUCCGGGGCUGGUGAAAAUGACAUUUACGAUGACGGACCGGAGCUUAAUCCGAUUUGAGAGCACCAAGAAUGAGGACGAAUGGAAUCGGACAUUAGUAUUUUUCAAUGUCGAUAUUUCAGGGCGAGUGUGCUGUGACCGCCAAAACGAGAUUACGACGCCAAGGACCUUGGACUGCAAUGAAAAGCCAGGACGAAAUCCCGGCGGAGGGUUGGAUAUUCCAAUUACGGAAAGUGCGAUGUCAUUUGGGUCACCAAAUAAUUUCUAUGCUCAUACUCAUGAUGAUUUCGAUCACGGGCUUUAUAAGCGACGCAGAAGAGUUAAUUCUGCCUAUUUCGACAAUCUUAGGCACUUUCAUUAUAGAACUUUUAAGGCUAGAAGGGGUAUUGGUGAAAUAGAAUCAGUUUCCCCAUACCGCUCAAGGAAUUACGCGGAUUUUCAUUUCUCUCCAGACUACGAAAGUGAAAGGGUAUAUGAAAAUGAAUAUCCUGAUGAAUACUACGAGGAAGCGGAAUUUGAACCCUGCCGUAGGAUCGACUUAGCCUCUGAAUGUUCUGAAGAAGAGGAAGCUCCUAGACAUUACCAUAAGCCAAAUACGUAUUUCAAAUAUGAAAGUCCCUAUACUACAAGACAUCGAAAAUCUCACAUACCAGAACCUUAUGAAAGAUAUCAUCGUCAUCCCAAAGAAUCUUAUCAUAUUUAUAAAAGAGAUUAUAGAGAUCCACAAUCAAGAAGUUACGAGUAUAGACCAAUAAGAAUGCACAGACAAACUUCAGGAUCUUUGCCACCCGAAUAUGCUUUAAAUUAUAAUACUCAAGACUACAAAGAAUAUAAAAAUAGGAAUAUAUAUCCCGUACCCCGUGGGCCAGUGCAUAUUUAUGAAGAAAAUUACGAAGAGCAACCAACUAAAAACUACCAAAACCAAUAUGCGCAAUCAAAUCAUUACGAUUACCCAGAGUAUUACGAACAAAGGAAACCUUUUCCAAAACCACAAGCUAAGUACGAAAGAUUUGUAAAUCAAUCCUCCUACAAGGAUUUAACCGAUUUUUCAAACUAUCCUUCAAAAAUGAAAUAUAAAAGAUGUGAAAUAAAUUACCAACCAGAGAAAAUUCCACCUAGAAAAAGUUAUAAUCACCAUGCGGAGACUAAAGAAGCUGCUAUUGAAGACGAUAGAAUAUCCAAAGUUAAUUUAGGUCUUGCUCCGCCCAAAAAUUAUGAGCUGCAUUUUAAUGAGCCAGGCGAAAGAUUUUAUAAACAAAAUACUUCUCAAAUAGCCUCUGGAAAAAGAUACAUUCAUUUUACAGAAGAAAUUCCUCUUAGAAAAAACCUUAUUAACAUCCAAAAUGAAGUCCUCAGUCCGCAGAUGAGCUUAAAAACUGAACCUCCUAAAUAUUUGGAUAAAUCUGAUCGUCACAAAAAUCGGAGUUAUCGUAAAUGUUUAGCUGAUCGUAAGAAGUCUGUAGACUUUGUUCAGUUUAAGGAUUUAAAUGUGGGCUCUGAGAUUCCACAUAGAAUUCGUAAAAGCGCCAAAACACAAUCGUCAAUUUUUUUCACUAUUGAAAUACCCUACAAGAAAAAGGAGCACAGGCCAAAAAGUGAUUAUAUACCAAAAAGAUCGUAUUCGGGCUUUGAAACUUUAGCUAGUGACUUAAACUCAAAUCUCAAAACAAAAGAGCAAACAUGUCAUUUAGAUGGCGAUUGUACAACGCAUAAGUUACUUACACCAGAACCAUCUUAUUAUGAUGUUGAACAUAAUAGGAAAUGCAAGACGCUGAGGCAAAAAAUGUCGAAAAUUCUUAAAAAGUCUAAAACUUGCUUGAAAAGAUCGAAGAGUUUUAACAACAAUUCUUGUUAUCACAAAGAAAAGCCCGACUCUGCUUUAAACUCACCGAAGACAAGUAAGCAAUCUUUGGAGGCGGAAAAUAAAAACGUUCCUUCGAACGAAAAUGUAUUCCAAAAAGAUUUAUCCAGGAUGGGAAAUGGAUGCCAUUAUCCCACAGUUUUCAGGGGAAAAAGCAACCAGCUGCCCGAAAAUGAUAAUGAGAUUUACCAUAAAUACUCCAUGUACAACGUAUUGAGCUCGACCAACCACCGCUCGAAGGUAAAUAACAAUGACUAUGAUCGUGGAUUAAGUAAACGAACAAGUCAAUAUUUCAGACCCAUUGGUGAUCUGUACCAUGGGAAUGGGAAUUCCUGUAAAGUAUCAAAUCGGGAGUCCAGUGGAAAUUGCAGUCCUCGUAAAAGUGAUGGCAAUCCAAUCAAACCAAGUCAAAUAAAUGUCUGCCUUACGAUUCAAGCAACAGAUUUUAGUUUAACUGGCAGCCCUAGGAUUGUAUCAUCCAAAGUUAUAAGAGGUCAUGGUUUAUCCAGCAAAAGUAAUGAUCUUAUAGAAAAAACAGACUCAAAUUUGGAGGAUGAAAUAGGUAUAUCACCCAAUCUUUCUUUAUCGACACGAUCUAGCGAUAGCACAUUGCGUGGAGGUCAUGAAAAUACGUUUAAGAAUGUCAGAAAUCCUGAAAAUACUUUUUUCUCCACAUCGAACAGUUCGGAAAGUAUUUCUUCUAGAAAUCAAAGAACUGGGACAUCUGAAAAUUAUAUCUUUAAUAGAGAAAGCAUUGAAGCCAUUUCAAAGCCACCAGAUUUAAACAUAAGUAGACCUCCGCAAAACUUUUGCCCCCGCCAUCUUAACAGCAUCAAAUGGAGCUUAACACAAAAGGAACCCAAUAGAAUAGAAUACAAUAGUUUCCGAUCUUAUGGACCUGGAUUAUGCCAUCCAAAUAAAAUUGAAAUGUUUUCCAGACCACCGACCUUAUUCCAAAGCGAUAUAAACAAGAGUUCAAGUUUAAACGAAACGACUUUUCCCAAAAGGGUUAUCUUAAAAACAAAUAGUUCCAGAAGUUUAAUAAGCGGAUCAUCGCUUUACUCAAAGGAAAAUCAGGAUACAGGCCGUAAAAGUGAAUGCCAAAAAUCUCAGAGUCACAAUUUUCCAAUUAACAAUGACAGAAAAAUUGAAGUUCCUCCGAGGAAAAUUAGCAGUCUACCGGAAUUUGCUCUAAAAAUGUCACCCAAAAGUUCGAAAUCAAAGAUAAGUAAAAGCUCAAGUGGUUCUUCGCAAAGUAAUAAUACCAGAAAUAAAAGCCGAAGUCUACAGAAAAUACAACUUACCUCCAAUCCCGAUCCUAAUCCAAAGUGUAGUACCCAGAGUACUGAGGAUCUGGCGCCCAAGCAGUCUGGUAUCCGAGGGAAUCUUUGCUGCCCAAAAUUUAUAAUCGAUUGGGAUGAGGAAUCCUCCUGCCGAAGGAGUUUUGUGGAGGAACUGAAACGGGAGCUAAUGGAGAGCUUCAGAACCGAAGAGCGAAUUCAGUCUCAAAGGCCUUUUCUUCGACCUACUCCGCACAUAAAGAUAUUUCCCUAUGUUCCCGAAAGUACUAUAAGCCAACCCAGUCCGAAUUUCAAUCCAAAUCUAUUUCACCGGCCAAAAUCUGUAGUCUGCUGGGCACCUUUCUCUAAGCCACAGACUUAUUUAUUAAAUUGAUUAUUAGUUAGGGACCUUGUUUCCAAGGGACUGUGUCUUAGAGCUAGUCCUCAGCACAUUGACAGUAAGCUAU